CUGUACGGUCACACUUAUUCUUGUUUUCCCUGCUAAAAUUGUACGGAAUUUGUUGUAAACCAUAAUUCAUAAAAUUAAUUAAUCGGACCGGCCACAGCGGACGGCGAAAUGUCUAACGCACAGCGCUCGUUUGUGCAAAAGGUCUCCAAGCAGUCGGCGACCGAUGUGAGGAAAAAUGUUUCGAGUUGUCAUUUGUCAAAGGCCAUAGACACGGCGCUGUGCUCUUCUACAGUUUCCCCGACAGAGCCGCUCGACUACGAGGAAUUCCUCUCGCAGCAUAUGAACAUCAUAAACCGGGAUCCAUUGAAGCACAUCCUGGACUUUCCCCAAGGAGACGUAACUGUGAAAGUCAUUCCGCGGAAAAUUAGGACCGUUGACCACAUAGUCCCCAGCGAAAAAUUAGCGGAUUUGCCGCAACAUGUCCAAGAGUGCGUCGUUUGCUACACACGCCCUUGGAAGGCAGUUGAGUACGCGCAGCGGCACCUCUCCAGCUCUUGCUAUAUACGCGAGCGGAUUGAUCGCGGCACCAUUAGCCCGUCGGCAUACCAACAGGAGUUUGAGAUCGAUAAGGACUUUGCCUCCUUCGAGGAGACGUUCGCCUACAAAAGCGAGAGCUGCACUCCCAGUUCCAGGCAGUCCAUAGCGAGCCUGGCUUCGGUUAGUUCCUGCACGGACACCUUGACGCCUCGCGGCUCGUGGGCCAGCUUCGAUCUCCGCCGCUCGGUGAAUGAUCCCCUCAUACCGAAUCUAUUGGACAACGUUCCGCCGGAACAAAUUGAUCAAACCAACGAGGCGCGACGGCAGCAGGACCGUCAAGUGGCUCUCUUUUCGCUGUAUCCAGAGUCUGAAUUGGAGGAGAGCGUCGAGCGCAGGCUGCUGGCCGAGAUUCCCAUAGAACACAUGGGACAUCGUAUUCAGGUUAAGUGUCUCCAGCUGCGGCUUGAGCUCGAGGUGGAGCCCAUAUUUGCCUCGAUGGCCAUAUACGACGCCAAGGAGCGACAAAAAAUAUCGGAAAACUUUUACUUCGACAUGAACUCGGAUAGUCUGAAACGGAUGUUGUCCAGUCACGUCCAGUGUGCCGACGUCAGCACCCAGAGCCAUUCGGCCAUAUUUGAGGUGUCAUACCCCAGCAACGACCUGUUUCUCGUGAUUCGUCUGGAGAAGGUGCUGCAGGGCGAUAUUAACAACUCUGUCGAACCGUACUUGAAGGAGGACAAGGACAAGUACCGCGAGAAGGUGAAGUCGAACGCCGCCGACUAUUGCGAGCGUUUGGGCAAAUACCGAAUGCCCUUUGCAUGGACAGGAAUCUACUUGACGGACGUUUUCAAUGGCGACACCUUUGAGAGCAAGGACGCCGGCGGAAAUGAGCGUGAGUCCUCUGCGGCCGGCACCGGCAGCAGCGGCGGCGGAUUGGGUACAGCCCCUAGCUCCAAUAGUUUGGAUCGGAAGUCAUCAACCAGUAGCUUUGACCAGCUCAGGCGCAAGGCGGACUAUGUGAGCGGAACCUUGACCCGCCGCGGUUCUUUGGAACGGAAGGAGAAGCGUCGCUCGUGGUCGCCAGAUGAUUUCGCAAAUGUUGUGGAAAACUUUCGCCCGAUUACGAUAACGGUUCCAAGCUUCUUUAAGCAGGAGGCAGAUAAGAUGAAGGACGAGGACUUGUAUAAAAUCCUGCCUGAGCUGAAACGACCGAGCUCGGUGAUGAAAAAAUACAAAUGCAUUCCGGGCUCCAUUAAACUGGAGAUCUCACCUUGCAUUGAGGACGCCAAGAACUCGCUAACGCCAGAGCUGGCCAAAAUAAACCCCCAGAGUGCCGAGAACACGCGCCCUGUGAAGGAAGUGCUGGAAUUUCCACAGUCGGCUAUUUUUAAUCCACACUACACCUACCGCAAUCUGCUGUUCGUUUCGCCGAAGGAACUUAACUUCUCGUCGCGUGCGGGCUCAGCCCGCAAUAUUGCCGUACGCAUACAGUUGAUGGCGGGCGAAACGCCCAAGGAUGCGGUAAAUGCCAUUUACGGAAAGUCGUCUUGCCCGAAAUUCUCAACCGAGGCAUUCACGGCUGUCAACUACCACAACAAGUGCCCGUCGUUCUACGAUGAGAUAAAGAUCGCCCUGCCUGCCUCAAUAAAACAGCAUCAUCACCUAUUUUUCACCAUCUACCACGUGUCCUGCCAAAAGAAGCCGCAGGACGUGCAACCGUCGGUGGAGACUCCAAUUGGCUACACAUGGCUUCCCUUAUUGGAGGACGGCAAGCUCAAGGUUGGAGAGUUCAAUCUGCCCGUUAUGUUGGAAUCACCGCCGGAAAACUACUCCUUUAUACCUCCAAAUGUGCAUCUCCCCGGGAUCAAGUGGCUGGAUAAUCACAGGGCAGUGUUCGCCAUUAACGUGGAAGCAGUGACCGCAAUUCAUACGCUGGACCCUGCUCUGGAUCGCUUCUUUCUGAUCUGUGAGUACCUGGAUACUCGCAAUAUACCCUCUCAUAUUGGUGAGGGAAAUAUAGAAGCGGAGCUCAAGAAGUGCUUGCUGGACAUCGAGAAUGCGAGUCGCGAGGCGUUGGUGAGGCAUCUCCCAUUGGUCCUGGAUAAACUUAUCGAGCUGCUGGUGAUGACCCACAAGGUCGGGGGCCAGUCUAUGUCCCUGGGCUCUACGGUCUUCGAAGUUCUGUGCUUGGUCUCGUCCCUCCUGUCCAUCCUGAACGACGAUCUCAUAGUGGACCAAUACGGACGGCAGAGUUUGCUCUCGACGUAUGUGCAGUUUCAGUGCAAAAUUCCCCAUCCCCUGCAUAGCAAGCCGAGGAUAACGUGCAGUCGCGGCACAACGGAGGAGCUGCAAGUGAGCGAGUCCUACAGCAGCCUGUAUGACAAUGUGAUGGCCAGUGGGCGAAAUGUGGAUCGAAAAGACCCAUCAAUAGAUAUUAUUCACUCGAUCGUGGGACGCGAUGUCCAGGUGCGGCUGCUACACGAAGAACUGGCCCUGCACUGGGUCGUUGCCAGCGGGAAAGCCGCCGAAUUAGCCAUGUCGAAUUCGUGGUUUCUAUUUGAGCUUAUAGUCAAGUCAAUGAUUGAACAUUUGCAUAACUCGAACACCCUCAACGGGCCGCGUAGGAACCGUUUCCCACACCAGGUCAACGACGAUUUGUCUACUCUGGUGCACCUAGUCACCACAAAGGUAGUUGGCUAUCAUUGCAGCGAACCCAAGUUGGCACAGUCUCUGAAUGCCAGCUUAGGCUUCUUCAUUUUCGACAUAUUGAGCAUCAUGGACCGAGGAUUUGUCUUCGGCCUGAUCAAGACAUACACGAAGGUUCUGAUUUCCAAAAACGCCUCGAUACCAGAUUUAAUGAACUAUAAAAUAGACUUCUUAAGAAUUGUGUGUAGCCACGAGCACUUCGUUGCCCUUAACUUACCGUUUGGAACCUCGUACACCAUGGUCUCUGCGCCCUGCAGCCCCACGCCAAGCACCACAUCGAGCAACAGCCAGACUUCAUGCGGAUCAUUGGAACGAGCUCUCCACGCGGAUCUCAGCCAGGAGUUCCUUCAACAACACUUUCUGGUCGGGCUGGUUCUCAGCGACUUGGCUGCAGUAAUGGAGGUUCCGAACCCUCAGCUACACGGAAAGGCUAUUCGCUGCGUUCUUAACCUGAUGACAUCGCAUGAUCUGGACACUCGGUACAGCGACACGGAGGCACGUGCCAGGGUGGCGGCGCUUUACAUACCCCUGCUCUCCAUAGUCAUGGACGGCAUUCCGCAAUUGCAUCAGCAUGGACUUGACCAGGACCGCUUGCAGCAGAUCGGCCAGCUCGAAGACUACCAAGGGCCCCACCAAACCAUGACAACAAGCACCAUAAACCCAGAAGUGGCGUAUGCAAUAUCCGGCAGUCGCCCAUACUCGUACAUGAGUGAGCAGGUCAAGAGCAAGUCUCCAUUCAGCUCAGAGAACACUCGCCACCUGUUGGUCUGCUUCCUUUGGGUGAUGAAGAAUUUGGAGCGGAGUAUUCUGUACCGUUGGCUGCUGGGCCUGAGUCCGCACAGAGUGCACCAAAUGCUGCAGGUUGUAAACGUUAGCCUCAAAACGUUCGAGUAUACGGGGCAGAGACACGUCCCCACCACACUGAAGCGGACAAACACUCAAAGCUUUAGGAAAAAUGUGUCCACGGACGUGAAGGAGAAGCUGGAGGAAUGCAUAAGGGGCACGAACUCUGCACGCUACGAUCUGAUAAACAGACGGAAGGAUCGCAACUCGACGGAGAAGUUUCGCUGGCGAAAGGACCAGAUGCCCUACCGCUCGCAGUAUGCGGACAGUGCGGGCAAAAGUGAGCAUGAAAUCGAGUUGAGUCACUUUAUUGAGGGUUCGCUGGCCACAGAAGCAGCCCUUGUGCUCCUGGACACCCUUGAAAUUAUUGUUCACGUGGCUGCCAACCUCCACCACAAUCUCCUGGGGACCGUGCUUAAGGUGUUGCUGCAUGCCCUGUCCCGAAACCAAUCAACUUUGGCACUGCAAAACUUGUUUGCCUCGCAGCGCGCACUAAUCUUUAAAUUUCCGAACCUGCUAUUCGACGAGGAGACCGAUAUAUGUGCCGACUUGUGUUUGAUUCUACUGAAGCACUGCGGGUCCCUUUUACCCGGAAUUCGCUCCCAAGCAGCUGCAUCCCUAUAUCUACUAAUGAGACAGAACUUCGAGAUCGGCAAUAAUUUCGCCCGCGUCAAAAUGCAAGUGACAAUGUCGUUGAGUUCGCUUGUUGGUACGAGCACGGUGUUCAGCGAACAGUCUCUGCGGCGCGCACUGAAAACAGUUCUUGUGUACGCCGAGUCGGACUCUGAUCUCCAGGACACGUCAUUUCCAGAGCAAGUGCAGGACCUGCUGUUCAAUCUCCAUAUGAUACUGUCCGAUACCGUGAAGAUGAAGGAGUACCAGGAGGACCCGGAAAUGCUGCUUGAUCUUAUGAAUCGUAUUGCCAAGGGCUACCAGAAUAAUCCCGAUCUGAGGCUGACUUGGCUGGAGAACAUGGCCAAGAAACACCGUGAGCGUGCGAACCAUACGGAGGCAGCCAUGUGCUAUGUGCACGCAGCCGCUCUGGUCUCUGAAUAUCUCAGCAUGCUGGAGUCACAGACCCAUCUUCCCGUUGGCGCCGUCAGUUUUCAGCGCGUCUCUCCAAACACUCUUAUGGAGUCUGCCGUGUCAGACGACGUCCUCAGUCCAGGGGAAGAUGGUAUAUGCCUGGGAAAUCACUUUACGGAAACGGGGCUGAAGGCUUUGCUGGAAGAGGCCUCCAAUUCGUUUCAAGUAGCCGGCAUGUACGAAGCCAUGAACGAGGUGUACAAGAUUCUCAUUCCCAUCUGCGAGGCCAACAGAGAUUUCCAGAAACUCAGCAAAGUGCACGGCAAACUGCAGGAAGCCUUCAACAGAAUAGCCCAGCUACAGGGAAAAAGGGUGUUCGGCACAUACUUUCGAGUGGGCUUUUACGGAGGCAAAUUCGGAGACCUGGACCAGCAGGAAUUUAUUUACAAAGAACCAACCUUGACAAAGUUACCAGAGAUUUUCAGCCGGCUCCAGAACUUCUACACUGAACGUUUUGGACCGGACUCAGUCCACAUAAUCAAGGACUCGAAUGCGGUUGAUAUAAGCUCUCUGGAUCCCGACAAGGCGUACAUUCAGAUCACGUAUGUAGAGCCAUACUUUGAAACGUACGAGAUGCGUCAUCGGGAAACAUACUUUGAGAGAAACUUCAACAUCAAACGCUUUAUAUAUGCGACGCCGUUCACGAAAAACGGAAAGGCCCAUGGCGAACUCCAUGAGCAGUGUAAACGGAAGACGAUUCUAACCACGGCCAACCACUUCCCGUACGUCAAGACCAGAAUCAUGGUCAUUAGCCGGCAGCAAAUAGUCUUGGAACCCAUUGAGGUGGCAAUAGAGGAUAUCCAAAAGAAAACUGUGGAGUUGGCGGCUGCAACUAACCAAGAGCCUGCCGACCCAAAGAUAUUGCAAAUGGUGCUGCAGGGGUGCAUAGGAACCACCGUGAAUCAAGGCCCAAUGGAAAUGGCAAGCGUGUUUCUUUCAAAUCUCUCCGACGGCACCACCGUGCCAACCAAGCAUCAAAACAAGCUGCGGCUAUGCUUUCGAGAGUUUUCGAAGCGCUGUGCAGAUGCCCUGAAGAAGAAUCGCAACCUGAUACUGUCAGAUCAGAAAGAUUACCAGCGGGAACUGGAGCGCAACAACGAUCGGUUCAUCGAGCGCUUGACGCCCUUUAUCACUCUGACAGCAGCUCAGAGCCAUGGCGUUGUUAAGGCCAACGCGUACAACAAUAAAAGCACUCCGCUGAAAUGGUAAAUUCUGCUGUACGCAGCGGUGAGAGCAUUUUUUAAACAGAUCCCUUGUAAUUCCAUGUCUAGCGUUGCGGAUUAUUUUA